UCACACGGGUCGACAGCUGACUUGGCCCAACACGGAGAGGCGGAAAGAGAGAGAGAGAGCGAUAAAGGGAGGGAGAGAGAGAGAGAGAGAGAGUCCCAGCGCACGAAAAACGUUUUUAUCUUUGUGAAUGGACCGUGUGGGACGCUCCUUAAAGUACGUAAGAGAGAGUUUGAGGGGGAAAAGAGAGACGUAUUGACGUGGUGGUGGUUUCACAGGAAGGUUCUCGCUCAUGGGUCGAGGCAGGACACGUAAGGCAGGCCGAAGUAGGACGGGGAAGGCCACUUCUUCUAACACGGUGGUGGGGGCAAGUGCUGACUUGACGGAACAGAACCACGUGAUAACCAUGGGGGAGACUUCGGCGCAAAAGCGACUCUUAAGAAAGAACGCAAAGCAGGCGAACGGCUCCAGCAUGGCGACACCCACCUCGAGCCUGGAAGAAAAGCUGGCUGAGCGGGAGGAGAGGGAGAAGAUUGUGUUAUGGAGAAGACCUGUGCAGACCCUCCACUACUUCUUCCGGGAAUGUGGGAUCCUCAGCGUCGAGUAUAUGGUCAAACUAUGGAAUAACAAGAAGAUCGUUAUAUUAGCACUUCUAGUAGGAGGUUAUUAUACAGCGUACAAGACACCAGGGCCCCAUCAGCUUUUACAUACUAAUGUUUUUAAUUACAUUACAGGGGAGUUACCCCCUUACUUCAUGGCACGAGGUGCAAGACUGUCAGGCUAUGAUCCUGACGAUGAAGAAAUGGAGGAGUUUGAGGAAUUGCAGCGGCUCAAGGACAGACCAGAGGACAUGUCCUUCAUUGACCGAGCAAAAUUAUCAGUGGAGAAGCUGGUCGAGAGAGUUGGGUUCUUUGGCAUCCUUGCCUGUGCAUCUAUUCCCAAUCCCCUAUUUGACCUGGCUGGCAUUACAUGUGGCCACUUCCUGGUCCCCUUCUGGACGUUCUUCGGUGCUACACUCAUCGGAAAGGCUAUCAUCAAGAUGCACAUCCAGAAGCUUUUUGUCAUCAUUGCAUUUAAUGAGACGCUACUAGCAAAGGCAGUGAGUCUGUUGGCCUUUGUACCUGUGGUGGGGUCCAAGUUGGAACAGCCUUUCAAAACCUUCCUGGAGAAGCAGAAGAACAAGUUCCACAGGAAGCCUGGGACAGGGCCAGAUACACAGGAUGGGGGAAACCUCUUGGCAUGGAUUUUUGAAAAGUUGAUCUUAUUAAUGAUCACAUAUUUCAUCCUAAGCAUAGUAAAUUCCUUUGCUCAGAACUACCACAAAAGGAUACACAAGCAUGCGCGUGACAAGAAGCUAGCUCAAGACUGA